AUGGACAAAAGUUGGAUGAAAAAACCUCGACAUACAAAAGAGUAUGUUGAUGGUGUCAAUGAGUUUUUGAAGUUUGCAUGUGAGAAUUGUCCUAUAGAUUCAUCGAUUUGUUGCCCAUGUAGAAAAUGUGGAUUGCGUAUGAUGUUCAUGCCCAACAUGGUAUUUGAUCAUUUGAUUAGCUAUGGAAUUUCUCAAGGUUACACCAUUUGGCAUGCUCAUGGGGAGAGAAAAGGGGAGGCAUCUUACCAUGCUAUUGGUGCCCAAAACAAUAAUGAGCAAAUAAAUGAAGGCUCCAGUGGGAUGACAACUAUAUUACAUGACGUUUUUCCAAUGUUUGAUCCUGAAAUAGUCGAAGGUACUGGGCCUGAAAUACGUGUGGAAGUUGGAGAAGCUGGAGUGCAAUAUGAAAAUCGACAAGAUUCAAAUGAGAGAGUUAAUAAAUUUUACAAUAUGUUAAAAGAUGUUGAUGAGCCAUUAUAUGAAGGGUGCACAAAACAUACUAAGUUUAGUGCUAUCGUACGUCUAUGGAAUAUGAAGUGUUUGGGUGGAUUGAGUAAUAACAUAUUUACAGAAUUGCUUGAAUUUGUGAAUGAGUUGCUCCCACCAGGAGCAUCAUUGCCUAAAAAUACAUACGAGGCGAAAAAGUACAUGAAUGAGUUAGGGCUUGGAUACGAGAAGAUCUUAGUAUGUCCCAAUGGUUGUAUGUUAUUUUGGAAGGACAAUGAGAAUCUGGAAACAUGCGUGGUAUGUGGAGCAUCAAAGUGGAAGCGAAAAGAGUCUAUGGAUGAAAGCUCUAAAAAAGGUAAAAGAAGUCCAGCAAAAAUAUUACGGUGGUUUCCGUUAAAACCAAGGUUGCAAAGGCUUUUUAUGUCAUCGAAGACUUCUUCACAAAUGAAAUGGCAUGCUAUAGGCCGCACAAAUGAUGGGGUACUAAGGCAUCCAGCAGAUGGUUUGGCUUGGAAGACGUUUGAUUCAUAA